AGGAUUCACACUGGAGAGAAACCUUACAAGUGUUCACACUGCGACAAGAGAUUCAGUCGGUCAGAAACCCUGAAAAGACAUGAGAAGAUCCACACUGGAGAGAAACCUUACAAAUGUUCACACUGUGACAAGAGAUUCAGUCGGUCAGGAACCCUGAAAACACAUGAGAGGAUCCACACUGGAGAGAAACCAUACAUAUGUGAUCAGUGCGAGAAGAGUUUCACAAUAAAAAAACACCUUACAGAGCAUAUGAGGGUUCAUACUGGAGAGAAGCCGUUCACUUGUGAUCAAUGUGGAAAUAGUUUCACACGAUCAUCAAACCUUAUGUAUCACAUGAACAUCCACACUAGAGAGAAGCUUUACGCAUGCGAUCAAUGCAACAAAACAUUUUUGAGAGCUUCAGUCCUGAAGAAUCACCUGAAAGUGCAUUCAAAGGAGAAGCCACAUUCAUGUCAUUUGUGUGGAAAGAGCUUUUCAUGUCUACAAAAUGUAAAAGUACAUCAGAAAAUACAUACUGGUGUGAGAGAGUACAUGUGCUUUGAGUGUGAAAAGACUUUUAUUUCAGCAAACUGUUUAAAACAGCACCAGAGGAUCCACACUGGAGAAAAACUUUACAAGUGUUCACACUGUGACAAGAGAUUCAGUCAGUCAGGAAGCCUGAAAACACAUGAGAGGAUUCACACUGGAGAGAAACCG